GUGAGUUCACCACCUGAGGAAAAGGAAGUCUCCAGAAAACUGUUCUGGCAGCCCAGGAAUCAAACAGCAUGCACUUCGAAGGAGCCGGGAAGCCUCUAAUUAAAUUCAGGCACUGCGAGAGGUCCAUCUACAGUUUCAGUGUGCCCCAAUGCUGUCCCCUGUGCCAGGGGGAGGUGGGCUCCACCAGGAUAGAGGACGCACCUAUCAGCAUCUCAGAUCCAUUCUCCAACGGGCAUCAAGAGAAAUGUUCCUUCCUCCUCAAACCCACGAGAGGGACGUUCCUUAGGGACUACGAUGGGAGGUCUGAUCUGCACGUUGGCGUCACUAACACGCUCGGGGUGGUGUAUAAUUACAACGCGCACGGUGUGCAGCGAGACUCGGCAGGCUGGGAGCGGAGUCUCAGUGUUCCACUAGUGCAGCCCAGCAUGUUUGGACUGAUGGACCAGUGGGACAAGUACUUGGAGGACUUCUCUGCUUCGCCAGCCUGGCUGCCCCACAGGUAUGACGAGAACCACCACAAUUGCUCUAGCUUCGCCCUCACCUUCAUUAACCUCGUCCUUGCCAUGGAGGGCAAAGAGCCGCUGGACAAGAGUGAGUUCACAGAAAAGUACGUGAUCCCGAGGACACGCCUGGCCUCCAAGUACAUCACACUCUACAGGGCCAUCCAGGAGAGGGGCUUCCAUGCGACUGACCAGCCGGGCCCAGUGAAAAGCCCCUCCUAAGCAGUUUGUACCCAAUGCUGGGUGCGAGGGUGGUUGGGACAGGACAUUUUGGUUUACUAGCUUUAAAUGGUACUGCACAUUUCUAACUACUUAAUUGUGACUAAUUAAAAAAAAAGUGUAUGGUUUUCCUUUAAGCUUAUUAUAAAAAUUAUAAGAUCAACAAACACAAAUAAAAAUUUAUAAAACUAAUAAAAUCACAGAGUAUAUAGCUCAGUGGGAGAACUGCCUGCCUAUUAUGUAAGAGAUCCUA